GUGUGUGUGUGUGUGUGUGUGUGUGUGUGUGUGUGUGUGUGUGUGUGUAUAUGUGUAGGCAUAAUGUGUAUGGGUGUGUGUAAUGGGAAAAUGCAAGCCACAUAAAGUGGCGGGAUGACUAUGUGCUCACAUGAAAUGCCAAAGAGGUCACAUCAUUUAUAGCAAAUGCUUGGUGAUGUGAUUGGAAUGUGCCUUUCCAUCAAAGCAUUUUUUUUUUAAACAAGACAAAAAUGUAGACGUUUUAGAUUAAUGAUGUAUUUAAUGAAUCAUUUAAUAUUUAAUUAUGUUUUUUAAAUUGUAAAAUGCUAAUGCUAGAAAUCUAAAAAGGUAGGUCAUACCUGAAAUGUAUCUGGCACUGGUUUAAAUGUUCCAUGUGUAUAAUUUCAAAUGUCUGCACAAUGAAGGGUUAUUGUCAAAAAGGUUUAUCAAUGUCAGGUUGUUUGUGUCGUGUUUUAAAGUCUGUCACUUUGUUUCUCACAUUGACUUUAUGUGUAACAUGGUUCAAUCAAUCAUUUCUUGUCAUGUCAGCACAACACUGUUCUGGUCACUUGUUAAAAAAAGAGAUUUUAAUGAAAUGCAUAACGCACUACUAUUGCGUCUUGCAAUGGGACAUGAAAUAGUCACUGGAGUCUAAGAGUUCCUGCUGUAUCAGACUGGCCAGUGGCGAUUUCCAUAACCGGUGCCUUUCAGCUCUUAACGAAGAAACUGAGUAUAUUUUAAAUAUAUAUUUGACAUGUGUUAUGUUUAGAAUUCAUGUUUUUAAAAAUAACUGUGUCGUGUUGUAAAUUUAAGUAAUUUUAAGGAUCUGAAAAAGAGACCGCUUAAAAAAUAAACGUAUUCUACUUUCCAAUAGUCUCUAUCUCUCUCCCUUUCCCUUUUUCUUUUUCUUUGUCUGGAUGUUUGUGUGUCUACGUCUGCAACUGAGAACGUGGGAGAAAGCGCUCAGCAUAGGCUAGUUGCCAGAUCUGGAAUGGCAAGAUGUCCAAGCCAAAGUUUUUGAGUUAAGUGCAAGUGGGCGUUCACAGUCAAGCAAUACAACGAUGUGAGGCAUUCCUCCCCUCGCUCCCUGACCACAAAAAGUUCGUCGUUGUUGCUGUCUUUUUCCUCCCAUUUAUGAACUAUUGAACGGGCGGUUUUUGGAGUAGAAAUAGCCCUGUAAGUCAUUUAAAUGAGAUACUCCGCUUUUACAUUUAACUUGAUUGUUAAGCCGACUAUUGUGUAAACUCUGGAACCUGUUGAAAGUGAUGGCUCCAACCAUGCUUAUACGGACCCUCGUUCUACUGGCAUUUUUUGCUGCGGAGACCUCCACAGCCGCACUGAAUAGUGUUAAUGAUACUUUGAAUGUUCGGACAUUCUCUGGGUAUUUUCUGACUGUUACGGACGAGCCCAUUGACUACCUGGAUGUCCAAGAAGGUAGUGGUUCAGCCAUUGAAACGGCGCCCAAAAAGGUAGCCGGCCAUCAUGAAGUGAAAAAGUUCUACUUAACCGAAGAGGCCAAGCAGUACCUAACUGGCCCCAUGGUGACUGUCUUCAUUCCCACCAUGUACCUCCUGGUCUUCAUCAUUAGCGUGCCGUUGAACAUUCUGGCAGUUGCCAUGUUCCUGCGCCGAAUCAGACCCAAGAAGCCGGCAGUGAUCUACAUGCUGAAUCUAGCUUUUGCCGAUCUGUUGUUUGUGCUGCUUCUGCCCUUCCGUAUCUCCUACCACUACCAUGGCAACAACUGGAUUUAUGGCUCGGGUUUGUGUCGUGUUGUCACCGCGGCCUUCUACUGCAACAUGUACUGCUCAGUGCUCCUGAUGAUGUGUAUAAGCAUCGACCGCUUUAUGGCGGUGGUCUACCCAAUGGAUUCACUGGUGUGGCGAACCCCUCAGACGGCCAGCGUGGUGUGUGGGGCCAUGUGGGUGUUGUCGGUGGGUGGGGUGGUGCCACUGAUCUCCUCGGAGCAAACCAUGCACCUGUCGGACCUGGACAUCACCACCUGCCAUGACGUGCUGGACAUCCACAAGCUGCGCGCUUACUACCUCUACUUCUUCCCCGUCUUCGCCGCCAUCUUCUUCUUCAUCCCCUUCAUCUUCACCACCGUCUGCUACGUGCGAAUCAUCCAGGCCUUGUGCGCCACCAACGUGGCGAGCCGCUUCAAGAAAACGCGAGCCAUCUUCAUGGCUGUCACCGUGCUCACCGUCUUCGUGGCCUGCUUCACGCCGACAAACAUCAUCCUGCUGGCGCACUACGUUCGCUUCACGCACCGGCACACAGAGAGUUCCUACGCCGCCUACCUCCUCUCCAUGUGCCUGGGCAGCGUUAGCUGCUGCCUAGACCCGCUCAUCUACUACUUCGGCUCAUCCCAGUGCCAGAAGCAGGUGACGGCCCUCUUUACGCGUGGAAGCUCUUCGGGGGUGGACAGGAGCUCAGAAACCCGCAGCAGUACCACCAGCAGGAUCGACGUUAUCAAGAGCAACAUGAGCAGUCAGUACAGGAAGCUUAUGGGCUGAGCCUUUACCCAGAGGUGAUGCUCAGCGGAGCAGGGAUCGAGACUAACCAUCUAGGUUUCGUGGACUUGGUCAGUGGAUCUGGUACCAGGGUUGCUACUUACCCUGGUCAUAGAGUAGUGUUUCUUAAUCUGGCUCCAGGGCAUCCACAGCACUGCAUGUUUUAGGUCUCUGCCUGUCCUAGAACUCCUCAUAGGGCUUAUCCAAAUUGUAUCUGGAGUCAGCCAUGAUCUGGGUCUGUUUGCUAAGUUAGGGGUGCUUGGAUAAUGAAUAGCAUUGAGAGAUCCAAAUCGUGCAUUGCUUUGGGACCCUAGGAGCAGCAUCUAGAAAUUAAGGUGUUGAUAACAGAGGGAGGGAGGGUCGGAGUGGGGUCAAGGGACAGUAAUAGUAAUUUUUUUAAUUUUGUAUUCUACACCCAACCCUUUCUUUCAAAAGUAGCCCCCCACACUGGCAGGUACAGUGUUUGUUUGUUUGUUUAUUUUCCUAUUGGCUUUAAAAGUAUUAUGAAACAGCAGUUAUGCUGUAUCACGUCCCAAAAUGAGAGAUUUGGACUCUGUACAUAUAUGUUAUUUUAUGGGAAACAGAUUAAGACCACUCUCCUCUUCAUCAGUCUGCUCCUUAAAUGUAUGUGUGCUCCUACUGCUAGUUUACAUUACCUACCUACUACAGGCUUCUAUUUUGCCGUUCUUUAUCCAUAUGUUCAGUGUAUCAUAAAUCUGAUUUUUAGCUAAGUAUUUUUAGGCUGUAUGUAUAUGAUUGUAUGGGCUCUGCCAUGGAGAUGGUCUAUUCAGACCUGUCCUUCUCUGAAGGUCACAUGCCAGUUCAUGACAUAAACAGCAAACAAUGACCUUCAGCAUUUGGUAUUUUAAGAGUUGAAGUGUAAUUUCACAACAAAACGUCUAAAGUCUAAAAGCUAUACUAUUUCAUUUGUUAACCAUGUAUAUGUUGAGUCUUUAAGCUACAGGGACCUUUACACACAUUUUACAGGGAUUUUUAAACACUUUUGAUGUCUGUGCACACUGAUGGACUGAUAUCUUUUUUAAUGAGCUAACUGGACAGGCUGGCCUGCUCACUGCUCAUUAAUGUGCAUCAAUUAAAGUCUUCAGGAACCUGCAUGAUGCUAAAUAUUCACCAGUUCUGCUGCCACAGCAUCCAUUUCACAUUGUACACAGAUCAUCUUAUUUUAAAGUCCUAACACAGUAGAGUGUUUUCCUAAAUAAAAUAUCCAGAUGAA